CUUUUAAUCCGACCAGCAGCUCGGGCACUUUCGCCUCCUGCACGCUUAGAUGCACACACACCACCACCACCAGCACCACCACCACCACCACCAGAUAGCUUCUGGCUGCUCAUUGGAUUGAUUUUCAAGGGUGUGUGUGCAUGUGUUCGCGUAUGUGCGUGUGUGUGUGUGAAUGUGGUUAAAGGAGGCUGCAUGUUGAACCAGGUGGUGAACAUCUUACGAGGCUGGAAGAACUAAAGGCUUUUAUUUUUCUUCUUUCCCCCACUCUCAGUAUCUGUCUCCCUUUCUCUCUGUCUGUCUCUUCUUCCCAAGAAGGGAAAAUAUCUCAAGGACUAACCAGAACAUCCAAACGUUUGCAAUCAGGAACAGAUGUGGGGGUCUGUGAAUUGAAUCGUGUAAGUGCUGAAGAAGGAGUCUUGGUUUGAGGAAACAGGAAAGAGGAAGGAAAGAGAAGAAGAAAAUACAUAAGUGUAGGAACGAACGAGAGAAGAAAAACGGGGACUAUGGGGAGAAAAAAGAUUCAGAUCACGAGGAUUAUGGAUGAACGUAACAGGCAGGUGACAUUUACGAAGAGGAAAUUCGGGUUAAUGAAGAAGGCUUAUGAGUUGAGUGUUCUGUGUGACUGUGAGAUUGCUCUAAUAAUCUUCAAUAGCACCAACAAACUGUUCCAGUAUGCCAGCACUGAUAUGGACAAGGUGUUGCUGAAGUAUACAGAGUACAAUGAGCCACAUGAGAGUCGAACGAAUUCAGAUAUUGUUGAGGCAUUGAACAAGAAAGAAAACAAAGGCUGUGAAAGCCCCGAUCCUGACUCCUCUUACGCCCUCACCCCACGCACUGAGGAAAAAUACAAAAAAAUUAAUGAAGAAUUUGAUAAUAUGAUCAAGAGCCAUAAAAUUCCUGCUGUUCCACCACCUAACUUUGAGAUGCCAGUGUCCAUCCCAGUGUCCAACCACAACAGCUUGGUAUACAGCAACCCAGUAAGCUCGCUGGGUAACCCCAACCUUUUGCCUCUGGCCCACCCUUCCUUACAGCGGAACAGCAUGUCUCCUGGUGUGACACACCGGCCACCGAGUGCAGGUAACACAGGUGGCCUGAUGGGUGGGGACCUUACAACCGGUGCAGGCACCAGUGCAGGGAAUGGAUAUGGCAACCCCCGAAACUCACCAGGUCUGCUGGUCUCACCUGGCAACUUGAACAAGAAUAUGCAAGCAAAGUCUCCUCCUCCUAUGAACUUGGGAAUGAACAAUCGUAAACCAGAUCUCCGAGUGCUGAUCCCACCAGGCAACAAGAAUACGAUGCCAUCCGUGAAUCAGAGGAUAAAUAACUCUCAGUCUGCUCAGUCAUUGGCUACCCCAGUGGUUUCCGUGGCAACUCCGACUUUGCCAGGGCAAGGGAUGGGAGGAUACCCAUCAGCCAUUUCAACAACAUAUGGUACCGAAUAUUCACUAAGUAGUGCGGAUUUGUCGUCACUCUCUGGGUUUAACACAGCCAGCGCUCUCCACCUGGGCUCAGUAACUGGCUGGCAGCAACAACAUCUACAUAACAUGCCACCAUCUGCCCUCAGUCAGCUGGGAGCUUGCACUAGCACUCACUUAUCCCAGAAUACCAAUCUCUCCCUGCCUUCUACUCAAAGCCUCAACAUCAAGUCAGAACCUGUUUCUCCUCCUAGAGACCGUACCACCACACCCUCGAGAUACCCACAGCACACGCGCCACGAGGCAGGAAGAUCCCCUGUUGACAGCUUGAGCAGCUGUAGUAGUUCGUAUGACGGAAGCGACAGAGAGGAUCACCGGAACGAAUUCCACUCGCCCAUUGGACUCACCAGACCUUCGCCGGACGAAAGGGAAAGUCCCUCCGUGAAGCGCAUGCGGCUCUCCGAAGGAUGGGCGACAUGAUGGCAUUGCUAGCGAUUAGGGGUUUUUUUCCUUGCAGUGUGUGUGUGUGCUAUACCUUAAUGGGGAAUAGGGAGGGAGGGGGUCGAUAUGCAUUAUAUGUGCUGUGUGUGGGGGAAAAAAAGUCAGGUACUCUGUUUUGUAAAAGUACUUUUAAAUUGCCUCAGUGAUAUCAUAUUAAAGAUAAACAGCAAUGCUGAGAUAAGCUUCGCACUUCAGUUGUACAACAGAACACUUGUACAAAAUAGGUUUUAAGGUUAACUUCUUUUCACUGUUGUGCUCCCUUGCAAAAUGUAUGUUACAAUAGAUAGUGUCAUGUUGCAGGUUCAACGUUAUUUACAUGUAAAUAGACAAAAAAAAAGGAAAAAAAAGAAAAGAAAGGAAACUUUUGCCCAAUAUGGCAGAUCUUUACUGAGAGAGGAAGUGGCUGUUAUGCAACAUAUAGAAAAUGUACAGAUGUUUUGGGAGACCCAGAAAUUGGGUGACCAAGGAAGGGAAAAAAGUUAGAAGAAUAUAGGUCACCUAAUUUAUCUGAAAUGCUCACAAAUGUGUUGGCAUAUCAUUUGAGUAUGGCACUCAGUUAAACGGAUCAAAAGCAUUUACAAGAGGACCAUACUUGUAAAAAAUUUUUUAAGUUUGAGGGCUAACCUAUUUAAUUUUUAAAAUUCUGGGUCUGCAUCACUUAUUAAAUAAAAAUAGACAAAUAUGUAAAUUACAUUUUCCUUAUUUUCAUAUUAAAAAGUAAGACAGAGUUUGCAAAGCAUUGUGGCUUUUUGUAGUCUACUUAAGCCAAAAUGUGGGUUUUUUCCCCUUCAUAGCUUCGCCGAUAUUUUAAACAGCCCUGAAAGAAACAAAAGGGGACUUUUUUGUAUAGAAAGCACUACCCUAAGCCAUGAAGAACUCCAUGCUUUGCUAACCAAGAUAACUGUUUUCUCUUUGCAGAAGUUUUGUUUUUGAAAUGUGUAUUUCUAAUUAUAUAAAAUAUUAAGAAUCUUUUAAAAAAUCUGUGAAAUUAACAUGCUUGUGUAUAGCUUUCUAAUAUAUAUAAUAAUUAUGGUAAUAGCAGAAGUUUUUGUUAUCUUAAUAGUGGGGGAAUUAUAUUUGUGCAGUUGCACAUUUAAGUAACUAUUUUUUCUUUUUGUUUUUUCUUCUAAUCUGCAUACAUUUUACAGAAUCAGUCAGCUGUUGAAGGCUAAUCUGCAAAAGAUUAGAAAUUUCCCUUCCUAUAGCAGCCUAUAUAAUUCUGAUUCAUCUGCAAUCAAUUUUGUGAACCAUUGUAUAUACUGAUUAGCUCCAUCGUACUGGUCUACGCACCUGACCCUAUUUAAGGCCCUCUUCUUACCAUAUUUAUGUCUUGCGUAUCUUGUGGCUUUUUGCCGUUUACAUCACAGCAUGGCUCCGCUUUGUCCUCUUUCCAUAAAGCCAUCAAAACUGACAUCCUUUUCUGUGACUUGCUCUGAAAGGCAACUUGGAGACAUCCCGCAUCCCCAAAAGUAGUGGGGGGGGAGGGGGGGGCAAAAAGCAUCCCCAAAAGCAGGGGGCCUACCUUCAAAACAAAGGUUAAAGUUUUUCUUUUGUUUAAAUCCAGUAAGGGGUGAUCCCAAAAUUAAAGCUCUUUUUCCUCCAUGGAAAUAGUAAGCUAUCUCAGAAAUCCAGGUGGGUUAGUAUUCAAAUGGAGAAUGUGUCUGCUAGGGGCAGCAAAAUAAUGAGACACAGGAGUACCAGCCCAGUCCAAGUUCUAAAGCUCAGGGUGACUGUAAAUGUUGGGUUGCUGGUGGUGUCUGAAGGCUGCUUCAUGCAAGCAUAGAUCUCACUUGCAGCACAGUCCUCUACGUGUCUACUCAGAAGUAAGCCUCACUGAAUUCAGUAGGAUUUACUCCCAAGUAAUUGGAAUGUAGGAAAGAUAUCCCCUGAAAAGCAUUGUGUCUGAAUUAACAUUUGAUGUUGCAGUCACAGAAUGAUGAGCAAUCAUGUCCGACAGCCCCUCACAGGGAGUCGCAGGAGCUGAAUUGCAGUGUUGCAUUCAGGCACCAUGAUAUUCCUAGACUGCCUCUGUAGCAACCAGUCCUUGUGUUAGUUUGCACAGGCAUCACCAACAUGGAUCUCAGGGCUUCACAAUUCUCUUGUAAAAUGAUAACAAUGCUAACCUUCAGUGGUUUGCAGGUCGCUAUGGCUAUCAUUAAAUGAUGUCCAUUCUAUAUUAUUUCCAAACUCAGAUUUUCCCACUAGGGAAAAAGCAAUUUGGGGAGGUCACUUUGAGCAGAAUAGUGAGGACUCAGUUUAAGCGGCUCCCAACACACCAUCCCUCCACUCCAGUGACAAUCUCUUGAAGCUGCCUUUUUUCUUUUUAAUAGCAAAACAUCAGAAGGAAAUUACAUCUGCAUAUAGUAUCUGUUUUGGCUGUUGUACUCCCCUCCCCCCCCCACACACACACACAUGGAACAUCAAAGGCAAAAGAUUACUUAAUUGUCUUUCCUUUUUAAAAAAGAAACUUGGACUGAAGAUUGUUGGGAGAAUUUUUUCCCUACUUAUGGGCUGGGGAGGAUGCAUGUGUCUGUAGAAACAUCUGUGUCUUUUUAAUACUGAGGGAAAGGUGCACUGCACAUGGCUCAGAUCUCUCUCAUCUUUAUAAUUACAUGUUUGAAACUUGAAACCAAGCAUUCCUUGCAGGUCAUAGGUCUCCAUCCUGAGGGACUGGGUCUUAAAGUAAGCUCCAUUUAGGAAGGUCGGGGUGGGGUCCCAGGAAUAUUUGAGUAAUUUCUGAUAGUUUGGUGGCAUAAGGCAGCUGGCGAUGCUGCUGUUCUCAAAAUCAUUCUGGCUUCUGUGCAGGUGCAUUGCUUAAUAGAAAGAAAAGAUGAAAGAUAGAAGCUACUGCCCACUACUGAUUCGUCAGUAAUACCCUUCCAGGGUCAUAAGCAAGACUUAUUCUAUGAAGUUUCUACAGUACAUCCAUCUGACAGUGAACACACAACGUGUAGUGGUAUGUUCAGCAGAAGGAUAUGAACUUUAGAAACUGUGUUUGGCUGAUGACACAUGCAAAAAACAGUUUUGUUGACACUGAACAACCACCAUGAAUAAAUGAAGAAUAUAGGUGAAGCUUGCCAUGUCUCUCAUAUUAUUGGUAUUAGUCUGUGAUACCUGCUUGAAAAUGUACAUUUACAGCUGUGUAUCUGCCUUCUUUCUCAGCCAUAGCUUCAAAAUGUCUGAGGUCGCAUUGGCUCAGCAGUUGCUUUGUCACAUCCUAAGUAUUUAUUGGCUGGCACAGAAAAUCUUAGGAGCACGCUGAGACCAGAUCAUGCUCACACAUAUUCCAGAUGCAGAAAAUGUCUUAGAUAAGGCCUUCAUCAUACAGGUGACUUACAAAAGAUACGCAUGCAUUAAACAAAAGUGAGAAUGGGGCCAGUCAUUGAUUUUUGAAGCAUCCAUUGGGUUUCCAAAUUAUUUCCCUCACUUUGACAUACACAUAAUACCCACAUUCUCCAUUUGAGAACUUUCAACUUUGAUGUGUCUUAAAUAUGCAAAUAUGUCACAACUGUACCUUGUUGGUUUUUAAAGAAAACAAGAGAAACAGUAUUUGGCUUGUCAGUAUUGUUAAAAGUAAUUUGUCAAUGGGGCUGGUGCGAUCAGUUUUCUGACUCUGAAGAAUAGCCAUAUGAAUAGUUUACCUUACAGUUGCCUGAACUACACAAGAAAAUAAGAACACUUGAGCUUCUGAAAGGGAGUGGAGGUCUCAUGGUAUUUACCACAUUGUACCCAUGCGCCAGUAAGGUACAUUGGAAACAAGCUCACACACCCAGGCAAGGCAAUCGGUUGCAAUUACUACCAUGGUUUUUAUACAGCCACAGAACUGAAUUGUGACUAUGGACACCCAGUUUGAUCCUCUUUCAGCUUCUGAGCUAAACUAAAGUACAGGAUCAAGAAAGUGAAGGUUAACUCAUAAUUGUAAAUGAAGUGAAUAAUUAAAGAAGCACAACUUUUAAUUGUGAUGUUGCUUUCUAGAAACCUUAGCUGUCAAUCUUUAGCUGUUCCUUAUCUGUACCUUAACCAUCGAUUGCAUUUGCAAAGCUAUUUUUUGGGCUUAUUGUGUGAUUCCUUUAUAUUUAGGCAGUUUGGGGCAGUGCCCCAAAAGAGUAUUAAGAUUUUCUUCAACCCAGGCAGUAUAAAGUGAUAGGCAAGAUGAAUUACUUUAAGAGGUGUCUCCUUGUGGUUGCUAAGCUGAUCCUUAUUUGGAAAGGGCUUGAUGAUGAAGUUAUUAAGACUAAUUGCUGGUGACAAUGAUAUGAUAUACAGCAGCCUUUCCCCUUGUUUCCUUCCAAGUGUGCUGCACUACAGUGCCCAUCAUUCCCAGCCAGCAGAUCAUGCUGGUUAUGGAUAAUGAAUGUUGUAGUCCAACAUGUCUGAAGGAAGCCUGGUUGGGAAGGACUAAUAUACACAACUGCACAAAUUUGUAUAUUGUAUGCAUUGAUGCCUUUCCCGGUGAAGCUAUUUUUAGGCAUUUCAGUGUUUUUUCAAAGUUACUUUUGUAACCAAAUGGUUUCUAUUUUCCCCAGAAGUGGAAUUUGAAAUUUUUUAAAUGAUUAAUAUAAAGAUAUCUGCUCAGAACGUGUGUUUUUUCAGGCAAAGCUAAAAGCAAGAAUAAAACAACGGCUAUGCUGUUUUCAAGAAUGUCAGGAACACCUUCUUAUUGUUUGUGUUUGUCUUAGCUAUACAGCCACCCUUCCUAGUAGACACAACAAUGUGGUUUUGUUUUCUUUCUCUUCUCCUUCCCCAAAAGGCAAAUGCUUUGUCUUUGCUUCCAAAAAGCUACUUGAAACCUCAAUAAAGGCUGUUGUCUAAACACAGCACGCUUCAUCUACUCCCGUUUUAUGCCAUCUUCAGUGGCUACCUUCACUUCUAUGGCCUCCAUUUCCUGCCAUUACAGGUCCCUUGAAGGACUGAUGGAAUGCUGGUGUCGGUCAAGAAUGCUUCACUGUCAAGCUAAUAACAGGCUUUUGUGAAUAUAUUUUAACCAAAGAUGUGGAGCAAUCCAAGUGCUGAAUUACAUACUUUCCAUGUCAAAUUCGCCACCUGAUUAUGAGCAUAACUAGGUCAUUUGGUUUUGCCGCCCCUGUUAAUACCUCAGACUGACCCGUACCUCGAUUUGAUUCAAAGUGGUCAGCGCAAUGACAAAGGAAACUUGCUACGCCGUUGUCCUCCAUGGAGUCACUAAUGUAGGCCUGCAUUUUGCCAUUAAGCAUUUAACUUGGAUUGCUUCAUCUGAUUUGCUUCUAUUACUAUUUUUUCCCUGGGGGUUUUGAUUUAAUUAAAUCAGCGAUAAUUAAGAAAUCAUCCUGUAAAUGGGGGACGUACAAGCAUUUUGCAAGAAAUACUAAACAUAGAGGCUCACAGCGGCAUAAGCUGGACUUUGUCGCCACUAGAUGACAAGACAUUAUAACUAAGUUAAAAUCACAUCUGUGUAUCUCAAGGGACUUAAUUCAGCUGUCUGUAGUGAACAACAACAAAUAAUAAUAAUAAUAAUAAUAAUAAAAACAAAAUGGGAAAAUUUCAAAUGUUUCUCCUGCUGGACAUAAGGUAUAAUUUGUAUUUUGCAGCCGAAUCAGUAAAGUUACUGGCUUUCUUAGUGA